UGAAAAACUGCUUCCAUCUGGAAACAUAGGGAGAAAAGGAGGCUUGACUCCACUCAGUCAGCGGCGGCGAGGCACAUUCUGCUCGCGUUACAUUGCACCGCUCAUCAUCAUUCUGCCUGCUGGAGGAGGAGGAGAGCGAACGUGCGCUUCACAGCAGCUGCACCUGACUGAUCGUGGACAUACCUCAGUUUUAUUUAACCCGUCUUCAUCUUUAACACUUAUCUUUCUGAAGAAGAGAGAGACUUCCAGCGGGUCUCUUUGUUGUUUUUAUGAUUUUUUUCGUUCAAUUCUUGGAGGAGACUUUGGCAAGAAGGAGCUGGAGUGGGAAUGCAAAGACUGGUCGUGUUGGAUGUUGAUUGUUGUUCGGACAGAAGUGACAGCGUUUGACCGCUGUUGGGACCAACCCUGGACACCCGGACGUUCAAAGAAUCAGCUCCUCAGAAAGAGAGAGACAAAAAGAGGAGAAGUACAAUUUUUAUGAUGAAUCUCUGCAUGGCCAGUCAAAUCCGGUGAGGUCUGCAGUCCUUGUGCUCCUGUCCUCCCCCAACCCCUCACCCCAUUUAAAAAUCCAACCAGCCAGAAGACAGUUUCCGAGGAUUCGCUUUGGACUCUAAAACCCAUAGGACGGGUGUAAACAGGAAGGCCCAUAGGAAGUGGAGAGUGCGGUCAGGAUGUGGGAAGGACUGAGACUGCAGGUGAUCUUUUUAUGUUUGGGAGCCGCACUAUGGAGCUCUGCAGCGGCGGCGACGUACAGGGGCUCGGGACCGAGGGAGCGUGGCCAUCGUCGGCAUCUGUCCUCACAUAGACACAGAGAGAGAGGCAAAGAGGGCCAGGUGCUUCACCGCUCCAAACGGGGCUGGGUCUGGAACCAGUUCUUUGUCAUUGAGGAGUACACAGGCCCGGAUCCCGUCUUAGUAGGUCGGCUCCAUUCGGAUGUGGAUCAAGGGGAUGGAGACAUUAAAUACAUUCUAUCAGGGGAAGGUGCAGGCACUAUUUUUGUCAUUGAUGACAAAACAGGCAACAUUCAUGCUACAAAGACUCUGGACAGAGAAGAACAGGCCCAAUACACCCUGACCGCCCAGGCUGUGGCCCGAGAUACCAACAAACCCCUGGAGCCUCCGUCUGAGUUCAUUGUCAAGGUGCAGGACAUCAACGACAAUCCCCCAGAAUUCCUCCACGGGCCGUAUUAUGCUCACGUGGCAGAGAUGUCCAACGUCGGUACUUCCGUCAUAAAGGUCACAGCUACAGACGCAGAUGACCCCACAUACGGCAACAGCGCCAGGCUGGUCUACAGCAUCCUACAAGGGCAGCCUUAUUUUUCUGUGGAACCACAAACAGGAAUUAUUAGAACAGCUCUUCCCAACAUGGACAGAGAGGCAAGACAGGAGUAUAUUGUCGUCAUCCAGGCCAAGGAUAUGGGCGGACACAUGGGUGGGCUGUCAGGGACCACUCAGGUUAAAAUCACCCUGAGUGAUGUCAACGACAACCCUCCUAAGUUUGCUCAGGGUGUGUACGCCAUGACUGUCUCUGAGGACAAGAUUCCUGGUGAGGAGGUGGGCCGGCUGAAGGCCAAAGACCCUGACUUAGCCGAAAACGGGCUGGUGGAUUAUCGCAUCUUAGAGGGCGACGGAAUGAACUUCUUUGAGAUCACCAAAGACUCUGACACCCAGGAGGCUGUCAUAAAACUGAAGAAGCCUGUAGACUUUGAGACCAAACGAUCAUACUCUCUAAAGGUCGAGGCCUCCAAUCCACACAUGGAUUCCCGUUUCAUUGCCUGGGGUCCGUACAAAGAUACCACCCUUGUGAAAAUAGCGGUAGAAGAUGCAGACGAGCCCCCAGCCUUCAUAUCUCCCAGCUACAACUUUGAGGUGGAGGAGAACGCCCCAGCAGGCACUUUGGUUGGCCGUGUGCAUGCCAAAGACACCGACAUGAUGAACAACCAAGUCAGAUAUAUGAUCCCACGCUAUACAGACUUGGAAGAGUUCUUCACUAUUAAUCCAGAGGACGGCAUUAUUAAGACCACAAGACCUUUAGAUCGGGAAGCACAAACGUGGCACAAUAUCUCCGUCAGCGCUACAGAGAUCGGCGGCCAUCACCAAGAUGCGAAAGUACGAGUCAAUAUCAAAGUCAAAGAUGUGAAUGACAACGCCCCAGAAUUUGCCACUCAAAGUGAAGUCUUUGUGUGUGAGAAUGUCAACCCUGGCAAACUCAUCGAGACAGUUAGUGCUGUGGAUAAGGAUGAAAUGGCCCAGCGCCAGCACUUCCACUUCAGCCUGGCCCCCGAGGUCGCCAACAACCAAAAUUUCUCCCUCAAGGACAACAGAGACAGCACCGCAAGUAUAUUUGUUAUACGGAAGGGAUUCAGCAGAAUGACCCAGGAUGUGUAUCACCUUCCUAUUGAGAUCAAUGACAACGGCGUGCCACCAAUGAGCAGCACCAAUACGUUGAUCGUCCGCGUGUGCAGCUGCGACAGCAAAGACACGAUACUGUCUUGCAACGUGGAGCCGUUCAUCCUGACGGCAGGGCUCAGCACCGGAGCCUUGAUCGCCAUCUUGGCCUGUAUUGUUAUUUUGCUGGCAAUAGUGGUGCUGUUCGUGGCCCUACGCCGCCAGAAGAAAGAACCUUUGAUCGUGUUUGAGGAGGAAGACAUUCGAGAGAACAUCAUCACCUAUGACGAUGAGGGAGGAGGAGAAGAGGACACUGAAGCGUUUGACAUCGCCACCUUACAGAACCCAGACGGUGCCAACGGCUUCCUGGCUCGUAAGGACAUCAAGCCUGAGCUGCAGUAUGCCAUGCGCCCCGGUAUGAGGCCCAUCGGUAACAGCGUGGAUGUGGACGAUUUCAUCAAAACACGGAUUUCCGACGCAGACAAUGACCCCACGGCGCCCCCGUACGACUCCAUUCAGAUCUACGGUUACGAAGGCAGAGGCUCUGUCGCCGGCUCUCUCAGUUCAUUGGAGUCGGUGACAACAGAUUCGGACCUGGACUAUGAUUACCUUCAAAGCUGGGGGCCACGCUUCAAGAAACUCGCCGAUCUUUACGGCACCAAAGACUCGGCCGAUGACAACUCUUAACGUUCGCUACAAAGUCUUUUUCAUCUCCCUCCACGCUAGCCUCCUCCACUAACUGUGUGUUCUUCGUGAAGUUUACUAUAAGUAUUCCAUGAGUUUAUCGAUUUAUAGUAAACUUUAGGUUGUUAGUUUUGCGUAUACUUGCAGUAUACCAGACGCAUAAGGGUCAUAGCAAUGUGUUGUGGGGGAGCAAGAAGUAAAGGAAUAAUAAAAAAUUCACAAAAAAGAAAAACAGACACUCUUCGGGAUGUGUUGGCGUGUACGAAAUCAAGAAAUACGUGAUGGUGUUGUUUAAGAACAUUAUGUUUCACUUUUAAUGUUUAUAGGUUCCUACAGGUUUGAGGUUAUGGAGAUGGCUCACAGGCAGACAUGGAUUUGUUGAUACUGUGAACGAAGAAUAAACAGUUGCCUUAUUAAGAAAUCUGGAAAGAACGUCAGCAAAUUAAGACUUGUAACUUCUGUAGCGCCUCCAUGUUGUCUUUGGAGAUAUUGUCCAAACAGGUCCUCUUGGUUUUUUUUUUUACAUGUGGAAGCAGAAGGAUCCAGCAUAAAGACGCAGUGUGUUUCUGUCACCUAGAAAAAAAAACUACAGCCCAGUUCCAUCUAUGAACAAUCACGAAGACCUGUGAGCUCAAAAAUCGCCUUAACUAAUGGACACUCUUGCGACACAGUGCAUUUUUGUAACUUGAAAGCUAUAUCCUAAAGCAAGCUAAAGUCCUUAUAACGUAUGUACAGUACAAUGUGCAAAAUAGGUCUCUUGAGGAUCAAUCUUACACCUAUCAGUUUAUGUAAAUCUUUCUCUUUUUUCAUUAUGAUGAUAUCAUUAUUUUUCAUUUUUCGUUCAUUUCUUAUUUUCUUUAAUGGCUUAUUUUAUUCUCCUUUGCGAGAAAAUAGCAAUCUGUCCUGUCACAGUGAGAAAUGGCUAAUUUUUAUGUCAAUUUUAUGGUAACUAUUUGUACAAUUUUAAAAGUUCUUAUUUUAGUAUACACACAAAUAUCAGUAUUUCAACAUGUAAGGAAAAUAUUACAGCAUCACACUUAUAUUUUAUGAACAUUGUACUGUUGCUUUAUUAUGUGCUUCGAUCCAAGAAGCAAAAAAACUUUGAAAUAAAUGCUCUUUUUAUAAAAAGA